AAUUCAAAGACAACUGCCAACUGCAAAUUUUCCAGUCCACGGCAAAUACGUGUCUGAAGGUCCCAGUAGACUGCAAUACCUUCAUAUUUUCUUUCCCCUUUCCAUUUCUUUAAUCCUACAAGCUCCAAGAACCUAUAAAAGGACCUCUGGUGGUCACCGUCAGACCCCAUCUUCAAUCUCCACUUCCAAAUCCACCAUGGGAUUAUCCCUGUCUUUACUUCCAUCCGGCUGGGAAGAAAUCGUUCACCGCUGGCUUCUGGGCACAGUGCGGUCCGCCGUCAACGUCGGAGGCCGGGAAAUGGCCAUGGAUUCAGACAACGAUGACAAGAAGCCUUAUGAUCAAGGCCAUGGGUUUCAGAAGAGAAGCGGAAAGAAUUCCAUAAACUUGAGCAACUGCCAACCCGUGAAGGUGAUGCUUCAGACCUCGCUUUCGUUCAAGAGUUUGGUUCGGGAGACGAUAUGUUCUCCGGCCGAUCGCAAUGCUAAUAAGUCGGGAGUGCUGCCGUCUCCGGAGAUCAUGUUUUCCCCGCGGCCGGUGACUGAGCUGGAUGCCGCCGCCGUUAAGCUCCAGAAAGUUUACAAGAGCUACCGUACCCGGAGAAACCUCGCCGAUUGUGCGGUGGUGGUCGAAGAGCUCUGGUGGAAAGCUCUGGAUUUUGCCGCUCUGAAGAGGAGCUCCGUCUCAUUCUUCGACGGAGAGAAGCACGAAACUGCAGUUUCUCGAUGGGCUAGAGCGAGGACGAGAGUUGCAAGGGUGGGAAAGGGAUUGUCCAAGGACGACAAGGCCCAAAAACUAGCCCUUCGACAUUGGCUCGAAGCUGUAAGGCCCCUCUCUCUCUCUCUCUCUAUAUAUAUAUAUAUAUGUGUGUGUGUGUGUGUGUGUGUGUGUAUACCCAAAUUUUCUCUGACUUUCUUUCGUUUUGGAGUACAGAUUGAUCCAAGGCAUCGAUACGGGCACAAUUUACAUCUGUACUAUGAUGUCUGGUUUGAAAGCGAGAGCACACAGCCUUUCUUCUACUGGUUGGACAUCGGCGAGGGCAAGGAAAUCAACCUCGAGGCCUGUCCGAGGAUCAACCUCUAUCGCCAAUGCAUCAAGUACUUGGGCCCAAAAGAAAGGGAAUCUUAUGAAGUGGUUGUUGAAGAUGGGACGCUUGUUUACAAACAAAGUGGUCUGUUGGUGGAAACCACUGAGGGUUCGAAGUGGAUUUUUGUGCUGAGCACAUCAAGGAAUCUGUAUGUGGGGCAGAAAAAGAAGGGUCUCUUCCAGCACUCAAGUUUUCUUGCCGGCGGCGCCACCACUGCCGCCGGAAGAAUGGUCGCCCAUCAGGGCGUUCUCGAGGCUAUAUGGCCAUACAGUGGACACUACCACCCAACAGAAGAGAACUUCCGGGAAUUCAUUAGCUUCCUCGAGGAGCAUCAUGUGAAUCUCACCAAUGUUAAGAGAUGUGCAGUAGACGAUGACUCCAUUUCCUUCAUGGUUUCCACCGAGGAGUCGGAACCAAAGCCAUCAAGAAGUCUCAGUACAAAUGCACAACCAGAAGGGGCAGCCAUUUCAGCUGCCGAGGAAGCAGCUAACACAGCUGAUCCUCACGAAGACGGGAGAGCUGAUGACGCUGCCAAUGCACAAGCUUCGUCACAGUUCGAUUUGUCCAAGCGCCUGUCGUGUAAGUGGACGACAGGAACCGGUCCUCGGAUUAGCUGUGUGCGGGACUACCCGACAGAGCUACAGUCCCGAGCACUGGAACAAGUUAACCUAUCACCGCGACUGAUUGCCGGACCCUUCGGCAAUUACGGUCCAAUCCCUUCUCCACGGCCGAGUCCUAAGGUCCGGCUGUCUCCUAGGUUAUCUUGCAUGGGGCUCCCGAGCCCCACCGUCAGAGACCGCCAAGCACAAAUGGUCUAAGCGGCGCAGGAGUUGCUGCCAUGCUCGUCCUCACUGCAACAAAUUAAGCAGUGCAUCAGCAGCUAGCGUACAUGAAACGAAGGAACUAACCGGAUUUCUUGAUUAUUUUGUUUGUUAAUUUUGUAGAUGGCUUACUUGAUUUGGAUUGUAUUUGUGCCCCAACUGUAGAUCCUCCUCCGGUUGGAAGGCCCAAAAUUUUUUCAUGAAAAUAAAAUCCAACCCACCGUUGAAUUCUUGAUUUUCACGAGGGAGGUUUCAUUUUGUUUAGCAUUAAUUAAUGGAUUAUAUGAGGAACAAUUUGUACGGAUAUUUUGUUUCUACUAAUUAAACACUGGAUUAAUAUUCUUUUUUUUUUUUUUUUACCAAAA